CUAACCCGUCCUUUCCACGCUCGCGCACCGCCUCCCCUCCGGCGCCUCCCUCCACGUCCGCCCGAUGGGCCCCCAAGAACUGGGCCCCACCAUCACCCUCCUCGCCGAGUCCUUCGCCGAGUCCUCGUGGAUGUCGUCGGGGUACGCCAAGCUUCUCGAGUUCUUGAUAAAGCAGUACGUUGUCGAGAGGAGGAGUUUGGUCCCGCACGCCGUCAUGCUCGUUGGGGUUUACAAGGAGGGGGAGGGUGAAGGGGAGCUGGCUUGUACGGCCGAGGUUUCGUUCGAUGCGAGGGGAGCGAACAAGGAUCCCCCGACGCCGGCGGCGCCGAGGAACUGUCCUUAUGUUUGCAACAUGACCGUGAAGAAGAAGUUGAGGAGGAAAGGGAUUGGUCGACAGCUCCUUAGGGCAUGUGAGGAGCUGAUUUCUCAGAUGAAGACAAUAAGGAAAGUAUACCUCCAUUGCCGACUAAUUGACACAGGUCCUUUCGAAAUGUAUACAAAAGCUGGUUACAGUAUUGUUCAGACCGAUAGUAUGUUAAUCUUGCUCUCCUUUCAGCGACGAAAGCACUUGAUGUGUAAAGAGCUCCCACCUUUGGUUGAUUCUCAGUUUGAUACUUCUGAUGACGAGGCGGCUCCUUCUGAUAGAGAUCAAUAACCAAAGAAUGUUUAACCUUCAAAGUACUGAUUACUUCACCUGGUGCUGUUGUAUCAUAACUAGAUAAGUUAUUUUAUUGUGAUACAGUUCUCUGUAGUGAAAAAAUGAUGAUUGGCUACA